AUGGCCCCUGCCGAACAUGUCGAAAUCCACCCAUUCCACCGCGCUGAGAACGGACCGUUAGUAAACCUUGUCUCGGUCGAUGGGAGUUCCUUCUCGGUAAACCAUGAGACUUUAGCUAAAUCAAGCUCCGUGUUCAAGGAUAUGCUUGAACUUCCUAGUCCGCAGCAAGACCGUACUGAGUCGCUCCACCCAACUCAGUCAGUUCCUAUCGAAGAAGUCGAUAGAUGGGAUCUCGAACAUUUCGUCAACAUAUUGAAAGUGUCUCAACCGCAUACACCCAACACCAAUCUCAGAGAAACAAUGACGCUUUUCCUCUUAUGCAAAAAGUACGAUAUCACGGCAGCCAAAACAUCGAAAAUCCGAGAAUACCUUCUCACGCUCGGCAAGAAACAACCAUGGGAAUUCCUGCAAGUGGCCUCCCAUGCAAAUGAGCAAGAGCUGUGCGAGAUUGCUCUGGGUUAUCUAACAUGGAAUCAAUUCUUACUGGGUGAUCAAGGCGACAAAACUUCUUUCUGGGGAAGAAUCGAAAGUUUAUCGCCCGAAUGGAGGACAUACGUAUUGGAAAAUACCCUCGGUGAUCCCAAAGACCACUCUCUGAGUUUCGAUUCUGAUUUACCGGGCUUUGAUCGAAAACUUAGAGACAGGUAUUGGCAGAAGAUUAUGGAUUCAAGAUUGAGCAAGAUUUUGGUAGAGGAAAGGAUUUGGAGGGCAUGGUGGUCUUUCCUCAAAUGGGGUGCACUUAGCGCUCCGUUACUCAUCUCGGCGAUGUUUUUUCGCGCUAACAUGAAGCGUGCCUUCCGUGCGAUGAUUCAGGGGUGGAGAAAGUAUGGUUUCGGUACUAUGAUGACUUAUAUGGCAAUCCGGUGGUACCUUAGGGCAUCUAAAUCCUAA